AUGCAGACUGCUUCUAAAGGUAGAAGCGCGGCAUCAAAGGAAUCGCCCAAGUCGAUUGCCAGCCCCGUUGCAGUCAGUUCACUAAGGCUGCCCAGCCCGAAGACCGGGUCAGAAGGUAAGAGCUCGCACAGAGACACAGCAUCUACCAGUGCUAAAGCGGCCGCGUCGUCAUCUCCAUCCUCUUCAAAGAAAAAGGGGAAAGAACCUGAAGACAACGAUGAUAACCUUGACGAUCUUUGGGAAGAGAACAUACCGCUGAAGUUGCAAGAAAAGCUUGAAAAUAUCGGCAGCAGUGGGAAUGAAGCUGAACCGAAGAUGGAGUUCGACAGAACAACAGGAAGCUGGAUAGGGAAUGAAGACAUCCUCGAAGAUUUUGAAUCCCCUCUACAAUCUCCGAAGCGCAGUGACAGUGAAGAAGAUGUAGAUAAGUGCAAGAAAGAGGAGCUCGCCUUCACUUUGAACGACGAGGAGUUGAGGAAUCUGAAGGCGGCUUCGGGGAGCAGCGAGCAUCUUGAGAAAGCUUGGUUCAGGGAAGGGCAGGAGCCCUGGCGCAAAGAGAGUGAGGAUGAAGACCAAGAGCACAAGCAGUAA